AUAAAUAAAGACCGAGAUAGAGAAAUAAUCAAGUUGAAGAGAGAGAAGAAGAUAAUUCGCGAACAACCAACACACUGGGACACACACCGGCAGCAGAUUGUUUGAUUGUGCAUACACACAGUACACAGUGUACAGCAUCCUGAACUGAGGAUAUAACAGUUGAUUGCUUCGUAGGCACUUGGCAACUUAAGUAGUGCAACUUUUAGUUUACAAGUAAUACAAGUGUACGUUUAUUAAUAUACUAGUUUAUUUAUAUUUUAUAAUAUUUAAAUAAUGUUCAUUACUAUUUUAAAUCUAUGAGUACAGUCAGGGUUUAACGAGAGACGCUUGAGGAAGGCGUCUAAGAAGGUGGGACAUGCUACGGAGACGGAGCUAGAAUACUCCAGGUGAUGGUUUGUCGAGGGCUAAACCCAAGUAACAGUGGAACAGUAUUUUUAAAAUAAAUAAAUAAAAAAGGAGUAAGGAUACAAGGGCCGGAGGGCAAACUGUACACGCCCGGCUGUCAUAAACGCGGUGUCCUAACGUAGACGCCAUGUUACGGAUUCGCGUGUCGAUGGCGAGUGUUUCUGUGUUUUUAUUCUUGUGUUAUGUCAUCAGAAUUGUUUCCACAAAUGAGCUCAAUGAAACCACCACUAAGAUAACGGAAGUUGUUGAAACGCAAAAUGUACCAUUUGCUAGCAUAGAAAUAGAAGCAUCACAACAAUUGGACGGUAUUGAAGCUGGUAGUACACCUUCUUUUAUAUGUAAACUUAGUGAACCUAGUCAUAUUUGGUGGACAUUUAGUGAUAAAAAUGUUACGACAAUUAAUGAGUCUGACUACAGAGCGAGGUUUGAUUUGAAAAUUGCAAGUAGAAAAGAUUCGGGUAAUUAUACUUGCAAAGCUAAGACUUAUGGUGGGGAACUGUUAGAAAAAACAAUUUCUAUCAGAGUUGUAGAACCCGGUAAAACUGAAGCAACUCAGGAUAUUUGGGUAAAUGCAACAGCCCCAGUAAUUUUAACCUGUCAUAUUUAUGGUUUUCCUCUCCGUAAUUUCACUUGGAUAAAAGGAAAUAAUUCCGAGAGUAUCGAAGAUCUGAAGGAGCAGACACACGUGACGAAAGUCAAUGAAACUUAUUAUGUUUCGAUGUUAAAUUUUACACGCGUGUACAGAAAUGACAACGGAACGUACUCGUGUUUGGCUUACGAUUUUAAUAGUUUAGUAGUAGGUCUGAGAAAUCUUUUUGUCGUUGACGUGCCUCAAGUAAACAUUGACUUUAUAAAAGCUGUUGGUGCUGAUAAAAUAUACCUUAAUUGGACAGUUAAUGAUGGCAAUAAGCCGAUAUUACACUACAAUGUUAAGUUUAGAAAUAAUGUAACAAAUGAUAUUGUUUAUUAUCGUGAAAGAAUUGACGGUAUUAAUAAGAGUUAUGUACUUAAAGGUUUUGAUAAAGCAACGACUUAUCAAAUAAGUAUUGAAGCUACUAAUGAAGUAGGUGUAUCUCAAGUCUAUACUGACCAACGAUUGAUAACGACCUUGACAGAGGAUCCAGUGUUCGUACCCACAGGUAUUGUCAAAGGUAUCACUGAAGGCUCAAUAACCCUGGGUUGGACUCCACCUCCACCGGCGCUAAAAGAACACGUCCAUUAUUACAAUCUCAUGAUUAUUCAUGAGAACGAAAAAAAAGAAGCUGUACAUCACGCGCAGUCGGGAUUUAAAGAACAUGCGUUCACAGAUCUCAGACCAGCAACAACAUAUCAAUUCAAAAUAGCGGCUUGCAGUUAUUACACUCAGCAAUGUGGUAAUUGGAGCGCCGAAAUAAAUGGGACUACUAUGGAUGGUGUUUGCAGUGCGCCGCAAAAUUUUACAGUAUCCUGUCACUAUGACAAAUUAACCCGUACAAGUUUUGUCUCGUUAACUUGGGCUCCACCGGCUAUUUUAAAUGGAGUUAUCACACGUUAUCAGUUAGAUUUGUCGGGGAUUUCACACUAUCGUGAUGAUCGUUCAAGAUAUCAGAUAGAUCGUUGGGGUCCAUUUAGUCACAACACCCGAGAGAAUGAUCAUAGCUGGGAAUUUCGAAGUGUACCGUCUAAUACAAAUUAUACUGCGCGUAUUUAUGGAGUGACUAGAGUUAAAACACCGGGUAAAGAAGCUAUUGGUAACUGUACGAUGCCAGGAACGAUACCAGACCGUGAUGAUUUGAAUGCACGAAGUUGGCGUAAAAUUGAAAAUGAAGGGAGACAUUUAUUUAAGAUAAAUCUUCCUCGUAUAUCUGAAAGAAACGGCCCAAUUUGUUGUUACCGUGUAUUUUUAGUAAAACUCGCGCCUUAUAAAACUUGGGCAGAUCUUCCGCCGCCAGAAGAACUGGAAAUAAAUUCAUAUCAUUAUGCUCACAUGUCCCCGGCGGGGGGUGCGUACGUUGCCGAGAUGUUCGACACUGACCAUUUGAUAUCGGAAAUUUUUCUUGGUGACGGUCAUACUAAUUAUAAUGGAAGCUCUGCUUGCAAUAAUUGUAUUGGAUUACGUCCCAAACCUUCGCCAUCAUUACGUCUUAUUCCUGAAGUGCCAAUACUUAUAAAUAUAACCAGUUUGCCUGCAACUACUACCACCACAACGACCAUGACUACUUCUACGACGACUUCUACGACACCAGCAACGACAACAACAACAACUACGAUCACCACUACUACAACUGCUAAAGCUGAGACGACAACUACAUUAACUCAGACAACUCUAUCAACAAAUAGUAAUUUAAAUUUAAAUACAAUUACAAAUCAAUUGGAAAGUUUAACGACAGUUGCUACUAGACGUAAACGUGAUAAUUCUGUUGGUGAUAAUAUGCUAAUUGAAAAUACUCAAGAUUCUGGACAAUAUUUUCCGAUUGAUGGUUUUCUUGAUGAACAGUCAAAUUAUACGGCGUUUAUUGAAGUGACUGUUUACGGUGGCCAAGACGGGCAAGUAAUACCAGCGUACAGUGGAUAUUUAAAUACAUUAUUCGGAGGCUUAGAACCUCGUGCUAUGGUAACUGAACAGGGAGGUCCACUUGGAGUAAUACUUCAAGUAUCCGUUGCACUGAUACUUAUUGUUAUAAUUCUCCUAGUCGCGCUGUGUGCCCUUCACAGAUACACUAAACGCGCAGAACAAAACGGUGAGGAAAAUAUAAAUCUGAGAAACAGCAUCAGGCAUCUCUGCAGGAGCUUGAGAGGAAGACAUCAGCUUGUAGCAGCCAGUCCACCGGAUAUGCCGCCUAUACCUAAAAAUGAAUUACUCCAAGCUUACGUUGAACGUCAUCGUGAUUCUGAUUAUGGGUUUCAACAUGAAUUUGAAUUAUUACCCGACAGAUUUACCGAUCGUACUACUCGAGGUUCUGAGGCUCGUGAAAAUCUUUACAAAAAUCGGUACCCGGAUAUCAAAUCUUACGACCAAACUCGGGUGCGACUGUCGUUAAUUGAUGGCAUUAUUGGCUCGGAUUACAUAAAUGCAAACUUUGUUCUUGGUUAUAAAGAGAGAAAAAAAUUUAUUUGCGCACAAGGGCCUAUGGAUAAUACUGUUUGUGAUUAUUGGAGAAUGAUUUGGGAGCAGCAUCUUGAGUUGAUAUUAAUGUUGACAAAUCUUGAAGAGUAUUCUAAAACAAAAUGUGCUAAAUAUUGGCCAGAUAAAGAUGAAACUAAAAACUUUGGUGAUAUUACCGUUGAACAUGUGAGACAAAGACCAUUUUCAGAUUACGUUGUACGUGAGUUAAAAAUGACUAAAGUCGGCGAACGUGAUUCUAGAACAAUUGUCCAGUAUCACUUUUUAGUUUGGAAAGAUUUCAUGGCACCUGAACAUCCCCAUGCUAUUCUUAAAUUUAUAAAACGUAUUAAUGAAGCCUAUUCGCUGGAAAAAGGGCCUAUACUUGUUCACUGUAGUGCUGGUGUAGGCAGAACUGGUACACUUGUUGCUCUAGAUUCUUUACUUCAACAACUUGCUGAUGAAGGUCAAGUUUCUAUUUUCAAUACUGUUUGUGAUCUUCGGCAUCAACGUAAUUUUUUGGUACAAUCUUUGAAGCAAUAUAUAUUUAUUUAUCGUUCUUUAAUGGAAAUGGCGACUUAUGGUGAUACGGAAAUUCCACUGGGACAAUUAAAAGCGACUGUGGAAAAAUUAAGACAGAAAGAAAAUGGAAAAGACAAGUCUCGAAUGGAAGAGGAGUAUGAUGAUCUUGUAACACAAACGCAAAAAAUAAGUUCUGUUUUAGAAGAACGUAAAUCAUUUUCAGUUGGCAGUGGUGACGAAAAUAGAAUUAAAAAUAGAAGUGAAUUAGUUAUACCUUAUGACCGUAAUCGCGUCAUAUUAACUCCUAUACCAGGGCGUGAACACUCAACAUAUAUUAAUGCGUCAUUUAUUGAAGGAUAUGAUAAUUUUGAAUCGUUUAUUAUAACCCAAGAUCCCCUGGAGUCAACAAUUGCCGACUUUUGGCGGAUGAUUUCCGAACAAUGUAUUUCAACGAUUGUAAUGUUGUCUGACUUAAAUGAAGGAGCAAGAAAAUGUCCGAGAUAUUGGCCAGAAGACGAGGCUGUGUAUGAACACAUAAGAGUGUCUUACAUUCAGAGUGAAAGUUGUCCGUACUACACUCGGCGUGAGCUUUGUGUAGCAAAUACUAAAACUGAUGAGACAACAGUAGUAACGCAAUAUCAGUAUCACGGUUGGCCGACGGUUGAAGGUGAAGUACCGGAAGUAACUCGUGGGCUUAUUGAACUUGUUGAUCAAACAACUUCAACAGAUGUUGAAACAACAGUACCAAUUGUCGUCCAUUGUAGUUUUGGUUCGGAUAGAAGUUCGAUGUUUGUUGCUCUUAGUAUAUUAGUACAACAAUUAAAAACAGAAAAACGUGUUGAUGUUUUUACGACAACGAAAAAACUCAGGUCACAGAGACAUGGCAUGAUUAGCAGCUAUGCGCAGUAUGAUUUUCUUCACAGAGCAAUUAUGAAUUACGCAGAUCUACAUAAUUUAACUGAAGAUUUAUCUAAUUCAUAAUAAUGUAACAGUGACAUUUAUUCAUAUUCCAAAAGACUGAUCUCAUCAUUUUCUUGUUUACGUAAGUCAUUAUUCGAUUUACAAUGAACGGAAUUUUUAAUCAUUAUUAUAGUAAUUAUAAUAAUAAUAAUUAUAAUGAAACUAAAAGUCAUUAUUAAAUGUAUCAUUAAUGGAACAACCAAAUAUCGAGCAUCUGAAAUAUUUUCGUGCCUGAAAAUUAAAUGUGAUUAAUUUUUGAGUUCCAUUUUAUCAAUGAUACAUAAUUUAAUCAGUCUUUUUAUAUUUAUUAUUAAUUAUGUCAGUCUUUUUACAACUCAUUAAAUAUUUUUAACCGAAUUUACAUUUACCCAGGUACGUAUUCAUGAGCAUACGUGCAGUAAAUGACCACACGGGUGAUGAAAAAUUAUAAACGGUAAAAAUAUUUUUAAAAAAAUAUCAGAAAAUUUAUUAUUUCAGCUGUGCUGUUACAAAUAAAUUAAAAUAUUAAUUACUAAUAAUAAUAUUAAUAAUAAUAAAUGUAUGAAAGAUAAAUGUGAAUGUAUGUUUUUGUAUACAUAAUUUUUUUAAUGAGUGCAAUUGUGCGUUUUCGUGAUGGAAAAUGUAAUUAAAAAGCUUCGGCAUUAUUUUGUUAGCUAAAAUUUUCAUACUGACACUGGGAGUAAAGUUUAAGUAACAAUAACAAUAUGUUGUUAAAUGACUGUCAUUAAAAAAAUCGUAAUUUUUAUUAUUGCCAUAAAAUAACACAUUCAUCGUAAAUUGUAAAUAAUUAUACAUAUUAAAAAAUAUACAAUAUAAAUUUCGUGAUUGUCAGAUUUAUACAUUAAUAUUAUAUAAAUAUAUAUAUAAAUAUAAUGGGUCUGAUUAAAUGAAAAUAUUGAGUAUGCGUGCGUGCGACGGAUUAUUCAUGUAUUAGUAUAUAUUUUUUUUUAAAUGUUUUUUUUUUAAUAAGAAAAAAAUAAAUAGAAAUAAUAGGGAAAGACUGAUAGUGUAAUUAUGAAAUUCGAAUUAUUUUCGAACUUUAAUUACACAGCCAUUUUUUACGGAGUCUCCCAGACGAGCCCCUUUUUACAAGAGCUCAGUUACGAAGCACAAAUGAGAGCUUUAUUAUUUUUUUUUUAAUUAUAUACAAUAAAUAAAUGGUCACAUUUUUAUACGACUAAAAUUAUAUGAAAUUUAAAAACAACGACAUGUAUUUCGAAUUUACUAUUAAUUAAUUAAUUAGACAUUUUGUCAUUAUUAAUUUUUUUUUGCGUCUAUUGUUAAUUAUCACAAUUGGGGCUUGUUCAGAAACACACUCUGGAAGAGAAAAUAUUCAAUUCCUGCGUUCAGAAAUAUCCUCUGGUCGAACCAGAGGUGCGAUUUAACAUUACAAAGGUACUAAUCACACCUAGAUAGGUAAUUUUUCACCUCCAGAGUGUAUUUCUGAACACGCCCUUAUUGUAUAUUUGCUAUAAAUGUUUUUGUUUUUUAUUUGUUCAUUGUUUUCUAGUCAAUUAAAUAACUCCAGCACGCGCGCUGCUAAAAAUAAUUAUAUAUAUUUAUAUAUAUAUAGUAAUUGGUCUUUUUUAAAUGAGAGACAAUCGUAAUAUCAUUUUUACUACCAAGCAUCGAUAAUAUUUUUAUCGCUUAUAAAUUAUAUCAUUUAAUUUUAUUAUUAUUUCAUGCUUUUCAUUCCAUUUAUUUCGUCUGUUGCGCGGUCAAUAAACGCGAUCAUUUUUUUUUUUUAACACUUUUUUUUAAUGUAUACAAUACCUAAUAUAAUUAGCUCAUAUUUAUAAUGUUAUCUCAAUUACACAAAACAUAUAUGUAAAUGAUAUAUAUAAUACUUGAGGUAAACAGUUGUAUUUUCAUACUGUUAUGCUUUUUAUACCACAAAGUUGCUAAUUUAUUGUCUAAUUCACUAGGUUUUGUUUUAUUUUAUUUUGUUCAAUUAUUUUUUAACCCACCAAUAAAGGUGAUUAAUUGUAUAAAAUAAUUAUAUUAACAUUUACGUUACAUUUUAAUGCAUGCCUGAAUAAAUUACCUCGUUAAAAUACAUACAGCCUUUUUAUAAAAAUAAAUACAACAAAAAACUAUAGAUCUGCUUUAUGUGUUGCCAUAUGUGCUAUCAUUCAACUGCUGGUAAUUCAUUUUUAUAUAUAUUUAUAUGUAAACAUGUAUGUAUAUUAGACUGUCAAAUAAAAUCGAUUUUUUUUUCGGCCCCAUACGAAAGUUACGUCGAAUGUAACAAAAAAAUUGGGUACCAAGUUGUGGUCAUCCACAAAACGCGCGCUCGCUUAAAUAAAAUUUCCCAUGUACAGAACAUGGGAAAAAUUUUUUUUCACUUUGAAAUUUUAUUGAAAUGACCGGAUAUUUUUUUAGAAAAUCGCUGUGCAAAAAAGAUCUCAAUUUUUUUUAAAAUCUAACAGAUCAAAAGUUACUUUUUUACGAAAGUUUCAGUUUUUUUCUCGAAUAAUUAAUUUGUGAAACUGUAAUUUUUGAAGUGUGAAAUUAAAAAAUUAUUAAAUAACAUCCUGAUUGCAAAAAAAAAUUAUCUACAAGCUCCUGUGACACUUUGCAAUGAUACUGAUAAUUUUGCGGGAAAAAUUUGAAUUCAAACUUAAAUAACUUUUGAAAAGUUGGAUUUAUAAAAAAAUUGUAAGAGACCUUUUUUGUAGAGCAUUCAAUUAUCUACAAAAAUAUGUAUGGUCACUUCAAUUUAUUGAUCCGUUAACGAGUUAAUUUCAAAGUUCAAAAAAAAUUUACUAUGUUUUUUAAAUGGGAAAUCUUAUAAGUGAGCGCGCGUUUUGUAACUGAGGGAGGGCCGAAUUUGAUACCCAAUUUUUUUCAUGUUACAGACAAUGUAAUUUUUGUAUGGGACAAAAAAAAUCAAUUUUAAAUGGACAGUCUGAUAUAUACAUAAAGUAUUGUAAAUUAAUUUUUUUUUUUUACUGUAAAAUUAAUAAGUUAUUGGAAUGUACUAUUCCUGUCUGAUUCUAAAAGUGUAGAAAAAAAAUCUAAAGGCUCUAAAACGAAUGUACAAUAAUCAGUAUUUAUGCUUGUGAAUAUUUUGUUAACCGCAAAUUUAUGAGCCCCAAGGAAUAUUAAAUAAAUUACCAAUUGAAAAAAAAAAAAAAUGGUUAUUACGGAGACCAGAUCGUCUCUUUAUCAUAAAAAAAUUCAUUAAAAUUUUAUUUAGCAGUAUUAAUAUGAUCAAGAAAUGGCAGAAAUGAAAUAAUGAAACUAAAAAAUGCUACUAGUUGACGCAUUAAUUAAUGCGAGAUUCUUCAUUUGUGCGUACAAUUAUUUAUAAAUAAUGAAUUUAAAUAAAAUGGUGAAUCUCUACCUCAUCUUAGCGAUCAGUAAUCAGAUUUUUCGAUCAACUCGAAAGUAACUCAAUAAUUUUUUAUAAAUUUAAUUUUUUCUUCUUAUAUUCGAAAUAUAUUUUCUUGUACUCAACAAAUGAAGAAUUAAGUGGCAUUAUUUGCUAUGAAUAAAUAAAUAAAUAAAAUAUACAAAUGAUAGUAACACCGAGUGAAAUAAUAAUUGUAAAUGUAAAGAGAAAAAAUAACGAAAGGACAAAAGAUAAAAAUCGACUGAGCAAUUUUCAUUGCUUGUAUUUUUCUCUUUUUUGUUUACGUGAUUAAUCAAUACAGUGGAUUUGUGAAAAAAAAAAAAAGUUGAUAAUUAACUAAAAUAAUUAUUUCACAUAUUGUUGUCACGUGUGCGAGAACGCUGGAGAGUUUUGUAAAGUAACGUUUUUAAAACAAUUUAAAAAAUAAAUAAAUAUUAAUUAUAAGACAAAAAAA